GUCUAGUGCCAUUCGCAUGACAUAACUAGCCCACCGGAGCCUGGCGAGUCGAAAUCGCUGCAUGAUAGUGCGAUCUCCCAUUGUCACACAUAAGGGGCCAUAAAUCCUUCUGAGCAUCUUCCUCUCGACCGCAGCGAAGAGGGGUUUCGUCAGUUUUUGACAGAAUUUGUGACUCAGAGCCGUAUAUGAGCACUGGGAUAAUAGAUGUUCUAUAUUGUCCCAGCUCCGUCCGUCACGACUUACGGGAGAUAGUCCACCUUCUUCAAUCAUUUCAAUAAGCUCGAACUCGGCGUACGCGAAAAAGUUUCCUUCUUUGAGUCAUGGAUGGCUCUCUCUAGCGCCAGGUUAAAGCCCAUCUCCCUGACGCAGGUUCUUGGAGGAAACAAAAGUAGUCAUGAGAGUUUUCUGUCCAUCUUCACCUGACAUGCAAUGUUGGUCAUGCUUAUGUGCCUGGUAAGCUUGGCCGGGAUUCCGAGGCACUCACCGGUGAUAUAGUUGUUCCUUGGCACUACAACCUUGAGAGGUCUCGGCCUGCCAUUUCUGGCUUUCUGGGACUUAAUUUUACCCGUAAUAAAGUAGUCAGCCCUACGUACGGGGAGGUGGUCUGGAUCGGAUUUGAACCCCGGUCCUGCCGUGUGAAGAAUGGCGCCGGUAUCGCAUCGGCCACCGGACCACCCCACCCCGGUGAUAUAGUCUGCGAGGUAAAGACAAUUUAGGGAAAGGGUUACUGGAGAGGUACCUGAAAUCCAAACCUCUGUUGGUGGGAUUCAUUAGUGACGAAAGCUUAGACAUCAUUGGAAGGUUACAACUGCUCGUAACUACCUUGUUAGAAAUGGUAGGAAUGUUAGACCAGCAUCUCCCGAGGUUGUAGCCCCACAACCAUUUCUUACUCCACCCCAUAGUUAUCUCCAAAGCUGAUAUUAAAAAAAAAACUCCCCGUCAAGGAGAACGACGGUUUGCGAUUUUUAAAUUUUCAAACCAACCAUCCACCUCUAGUACUCCCCAUCGCACGCUCAAAAACACGUUCCGCACGGCCUGAUUCGGCGCAUUCGGCAGCGUGCUUCAGCCGAAAAGCUGUUCGUCGUCGCCUCUCGCGGGCAGCGAAUCGUGACGCUGCUCCCUUCAACCACGAAAGCUCUCACCGGAGCACUGUUUUUCGCGCUCAAAGUCUCGCGCCACUGUGCGCCCUCAUCCUUACGGGGCUCCUUUUUGCAGGUGCCACACAAACACAGCCACACGUUGGUCACACUUUCUCGCAGCAUCAUCCUUCAGCAGUAGCAGCAGCAGCAGCAGCAGCAGCAGUAGCAGUGUGUAGUGGCUUUUUUCUUCCUUCGAAAAGCUUGAAUCUGUCCGCUGCCACCACCAAGCAAUCAUAUAUCAAUAAAAACAGGACACUUGCACACUUGUUCGGUAGUGAGCCAUCUUUACCCGCGAAGGAAAACCACACGGUCGGCCAUCGCUGUAGUGCUAGAGCUUAAAAACUAGAAAGGACGCUCUGUGUGUGUGUUUUUCUUCCUUGCUUCGGGCUUUUUUCCCGCUUUAGUGACCAAAAGCAGCAGCAGCAGCAGCAGCCUUACAUUAAUCCUUUGCCACGGCCUAGAAACGUUGGCACAACAUGUUACACUCGGGUGCGGGCAGGAAGUGAUUGUGUUGGCGGUGGACGCAGUGAGCACGCAGAUGGCACACGGACUCACUGGAAGCAGGUGGCCACCAUUUUUCGAUUACAUCCAGUACAGUAGAGGCCGGACGGAGCGCAGAAUGAUGAGUGCUUGGAUGGUUGGUUGAGGGAUGGAUGGCAGCGGUGUCGUACAGUGAGUCCGCUUUUCGGUGUGUUUAAUAGAACGCAAAAAGAGUGACCAAAAACAAAAAAUCGUCGUGUGUCGAGAGGAAAAGGCUUCCACGGGCUAACCAUAAAACCAAAGCAGAGGCGGUCCUGCUUUACAAUCCCCACCCUACCUCCCCCCAUUUGCCUGAGGGGCCGUACGUAGGAGCAAUGCGUAAAACGAACUCCAUUCCUAUGGCAAGGAUAUUCUAGCUUUGCUGUACCUAUUUGUCCCCACACACACACACACACACACACCGAAUGCUGCGAGUUCAGCGUCUGCUGCUAUAUCUAAAAGGCUCCACAAAGCAAGUUACCUGCAUCUGCAUCUGCUCCUGCAUCCCUAAGUGGGGCAGGAUGAUGUGAUUGGAUCACCGGGUGUACUCCAUCUAGGGCCGCCCACCCUUUUCCUGACCAAAAGUAAGCAAAAGCCGUUUGCGGGACGAUCACCACCAAAUUCCGACCACUGAAGCGUAGCACAACAUACUAUGCUGCUAUGAAGCUGCCGGCUAAUGGAGUAGCGGCAAUCUACCUUUUGCUGCACUGCGUGUCAGGAUCGGUGCUGAAAUCUUCCGCCCUUCAAUCCAGCAGUCCGUUCAUGAGUUUGCCGCGCAACUUUUGGCAAGAGAUAUCGAUCCCGUACACGGACCUACCGAGCGACGAUGACGAGCAGGAGGAUGAGUCGGCCGAAAGCACCACGCACGAUCCGUACCCGUUCUUCGACGAUGCCAACAUGACCGCGAACGUGACCACCCAGCUGGGCAGCGAUGUGUAUCUGCACUGCCGUGUGAAUGAUUUGCGAGAGCGAACGGUGUCGUGGGUACGGCGAAAGGGAGACGAGAUACAUCUGAUCACCGUCGGCCGCCAGACGUACAGUAGCGAUUCGCGGUACUCGCUACAGUACCAGCCACCGAACGAUUGGCAGCUGUUGAUACAGUACUCGAACGAACGUGACGAGGGUCACUACGAGUGUCAGAUCUCGUCCUAUCCACCGCUGGUCUAUCUGGUGUACUUGAUCGUCGUCGGUAAGUGUCUGCCGUACGCGGGUGAGCGUGUGAGCUUUGUCACUCAAGCCAGGGAACCAUUGCCCCCUACUCCCACCAUUUCAGUACCGCGGGUCGAGAUUAUAGACGAGAGAGGGCAGGCCACGCUGGACAAGUUCUACAAACCGGGCAGUACGAUCGAGCUGAAGUGCAUCAUCAGCCGGGUGCCGCAACCGACCAGCUACGUCACGUGGAAGCAUGGCAUGCGGAUGCUCAACUACGACACAAGCCGUGGUGGAAUCAGCGUAAAGACCGAUCUGCUUCCCGGUGGUGCGAUGAGCCGGCUCUACAUCGCUAAUGCCAAUCGGUACGACACGGGCAACUACACUUGCGCCCUGGCCGACAUUGCUCAGGCCAUGGUGUCGGUCCACGUGUUGAACGGAGAAAAUCCGGCCGCCAUGCAGCAUGGUGCGGGACGACAGUGGAAACCGUCGGUAAGUCUCGUCGCGUGCGCCCAGCUGGUGAUGGCGGUGCUCGGUUUCGUCAGUGCCGUCCGGUGACUGUAAAUCGGUGAAGCAAACAAACUCUACAUCGAAAGCUUUCUGGGUCUUCUAUCGGCUAUCCAUCCGAUCACACGCUAUCCACGUCCCAACGUUCUGUCUCCCUCCCGUGCCGCGCCUAUGUCGACAUGUGUCCCCCCCCCCCCCUUCCGAGCAACAAUUGCACACCCGUUUUAGCACACCCCGAGCCAACAUAUCAAUGCACCCGUGAGUGCAGUUUUAGGUUGCAUCGUUAUCUCUUCCCCCUCACAUCCUGCUCCCAUCAAUCCAUCCAGCGCCAGAUCCUUCCUCGGGAUCGCCUCUCCACGGUGGACACCCGUUGUUCGCCCUUUUAGCAGCAAACGAUAGAUUAGAUUUCAAUGCGACAGUAACUGUCGGUCCAUGGUUGUACUAGCGAUAAAUGAGUGAGGUUGAGUGAAGUUUUGAUACACCUGCAUGUAACACUAGCAUUCCUAGACCGUAUCGCACACCAAACGGUACACGAAGAUGUGGUAUGUAUAGGAUAGCAAAACAAUGACCCAACACACAUGCCAGCUAAGAUAUAGAGGAAGCAAACAAACAAAUAAUAUAUUUAUAUACUCGUCUCAAAGUCUCUGCCGGGCUUGGGUCGCGAGCGAGCAUCCGGCUCGUGUGCCACCGGUAGCAAAUAUGUGUGUGUGUACCACUAGAGCAUUGUUGGACAAGGUUGUGAUUUGAUGGAUGUGACAUCCCGUUUGCACGGAACGAAUCGUUGGGCCGGAUAUGAUCGGCACCAGAGCACAGCAGCAAACGGGAUGGUGGGCAAGCGGGGGCAAACAAAUGGGGGCAACAACAUACAACGUUUAUUACUUACCGCAGCAGCAAUAUAUUUGUACACAACUAUUUUUCCCCCUCGUUAACUAAACUAUUUGCGAAUAGCAGCAUACACAAACUAAUCGAUAAGCCCGCAUCUCGUAAAAGAACAAUGUUUAGCGUACUAAUAAUAUCAGUCUUCGGUUGUGAUUAGACUUUAAAAGCAUGGGGGUGUGCGUGCGCGCCCGCAGCCGUGCAGAGAAGGCAAGCAGAACGAAACCAAGUUAAAAACUUCAUACAAAUUAUCGAUGUAAAAUGCGAUUAUCAAUGUUCAUCUCUAACGUACUAUAUUAGUAAGCUCGACGAUGGUGACGAGCGGGUGGGUGGGGGGGUGAUCGUGCGGAUCGUCGUUGUUUUGUAGGUAGGAAAAAUCUGUCACAGCAAAUGGGCCAAAAAUGCUUUUUAAAACGUUGUUUCGAAGACGUCCAAGACGUCCAAGGUGCAAGCACACAUAGGUCCCUAUUGUGGAACUAAGAUGGAACAAUCUCAAACGGAACGAUUCGAAAUGUUAAUUGCUAGUGCGGAGCUAUUCAUGGUGAAGAGACAGACAGGUGGCGGAUAGGUGGAGUCUAUCACUAAACGCGUGAUGUAUACGCACAGGAUAGGAGCAAACAUUAUUGGGACUUGUUCAUCGUUACAACAAUUUAAAGGGGGCUUUAGAAUGUCUAGACCAAGGCCUAAUUAUCCUGCCAUAUCCUUUAAAAUAAGUUUAACUUACUCAACCGGCGUCAAAGAAUCGUUGCCUGCUGCAGCAGUCCUUUAAAUCACCUCGCAGUCGAGGGCAGCCUUCAUCCAACCUGUCAUCGCGUCCUACUGGAGCCUUCCCCUUAAAUUCUUCUGAGCAUCUUCCCUUUAAAUUUGGCUAAGCAGGUUAUGGGGCGGUCCGGUGGCCGAGGCGACAGCGGGACCGGUCUUCACACGAAAGGGCAGGGGGUUCAAAUCCCAUCCAGACCGCCUCCCCGUACGUAGCAAGCAAGAAAUGGCAGGUCGAAACCUCUCGAGGUUUUAGAGCCAAGGAAGAAGAAGAAGCAGGUUUGGUCAUUUUUAGGCAGAAUUCUGUUUUUUUCAAAGGCGUCUAUAUGAAAGUUCUGCACAACCAUCUAGGUUUCCUAUAUUUCUUCAGUCUGUAGGAUUACUAUCAAGACUCUAGACUCUAUCUUAAUUUAUUCUAUUUUAUCAAGCGAUGCUUAUUUUUUACCAUGAUAAGUAUUUUUUAGGACAAUACGGCAUUAGUCCGUCAUCAUUAAUUAAUAAAUAAAUAAGUAUUUUUUUAGAUAUGCCUAAUACGCUCUAAAAUGGCCGGCAUGAAGUAGAAGAUCGUUAAGCAAAAAAAAAAAAAAAAAGAGUAAAACCAUUCAGUUCCCAUUUGAUUGAAUUUGGUUCUCCGAUCAUUAUUUAAAAAAAAGUUACAUUUUUCCGGAAGAUUGCGAACAAUUCCUUUCGCAAUUGUUUGACAACCCUUUUUAGCCAGACGGAUCGGUCACUGUGGCUUUUGAAAAACCCGCAACGUAGUAGCAAUUGACAUUUCGGUAUGCUUCGAGAUAAUGAUCCGUUCGAGACGCGUUCGUUCGGGUCCCAUAAUAGGUAACAUGUGCCAUCGUUUCUCUAUCCCAUCCAAUGGUCCCUCCCCCCCCCCCCCCCCUUCAGUUCCAGAUUUUAGCUAAUUCAAUGUGCACCUCUAUGGUUAUCCAAAGCAUAUCUUACGAUAAAGAACGCUUACUCGUUUUCAAUCGGUCUUGUUUCGAAACAUCUUCUCAGUGCACAUGUCCCUGCAGCUCAAAACGAGGAUGCGCAAGGGAAGAAAAGAUCCUCGAUCAUACGUCACCAAACACAAAACAGGACAAAUUAAAUGUGUAUGUGCCACACAACACUAUCGAUAGCUACUCCGCACUAUAUAUUUAUCACUAUCACACUAACCUGUAAGUGUUGUCUUUGUUUAUUUCGAAGUAAUAUAACAAACACUAGGAGCAGGAGGAGCAGGUCGAGCUGGAAUCAGAUUCUACGCGUGUGAUGCACAUUAUAAUGUAGGUGGAGCAUAGGAAGAGAUGAGGAGGACGAUAAAACUCGAGGAGGUUGUGAAGAAUGAUACACACGUAAGCACACUUAUUCCUCCAGAAAUACACGAUCACGACACACUACAGAGCGACAUUGAAUCACUCUUAUCAAUCACACACAAUCACACACUCACACUCAACUAAUAUGGCGCUUAAUAACUGGAAAUUCGAGUGAAAUUUAGCUUUUAAGGAUAUAUUUGUUAUCUUUUAAAGACAGAGCGAAGCAAAGCAAAGCAAAACGUAUAGAGCGAUAAGUACCCAAACCCCCAUACCAAAUACAACUAGUCCGUGCUACUGGCCCAUGUUUUAAUAGCUGUGCUCCAACGGUAGCAUUAUUCUUACACACAAACACACGCACACUGCAAACAAACCUUAUCCUUGCUAAUAACACUGACUCAACCAGGUUGUGUACGGAUGGGCGAACGCGAACAAACGAUCGCUCCAUUCGCAUGAUCCUCUCAUGACCGCACAGUGUGUGGCACGAGGACAAAACUACUGAACGGACGCGGGGUCACAA